ACCUUUUGUAAAGUAUCCCUUUACAACUUGACAGACGUGUAAAUUCACACUUCUGCCUAAAAUGCUGUUAUACUGAAGAGUUUUGAGAGGAAGCAGAUUACUGAUGUUCUCCAUCACAAAAAAUGGACUGGUAUACUAGUGUGAGGAUUUUGGUGUUAGUCAUCACAGUCGCCCUCAGAAUUUCCCACAACAGCAAACACCUUCUCAAGCCCACUCUUAUAAAGCAAUUUCUUCGUCAAAACAGUCUCAUAAAGGAAAAGGGUAAGCACUCUUUGCAGUGUCUCUUCAAAAGCGCUGAAUGUUUUGAAGCGUAUUGUUGACAGCCCCUAGAUUGUCUUUGUGUUAAUUGAUCUGCUAGCAGACAGCACUCUCGCCCUCCCUCCUCUGUCUUGCGCCGUCUCCCUUUAUAUCCUGCCAUCCGCUGUUUUCCUUUCAGGAUGAGAGUGGCUUUGCUCGACAGUGUCUCUAAAGGUGGAUGAGACUGGCAUACUUGCAACACCUGUAAGGGUUAUCGGCCUGCCCAAUAGGCGAUCGCUACUCUGACAGCAAGCAACCAACCCGUGAAGGUUUUGUUGCAGGGAACAGGACAUUGCUUUUGUCUUUGCCUAAGUGUCCUGAAGCACAGCACUUCUUUUUGUGUCUGCUCUCGAUACGAUCCUCUUCUCUAUAAGAGCACCAAAGCUAAAGAGCUUGAAUGAGGACAACGUCUUUACUUUUGGCAUCUAUUCGCACAGGUGUCACAUCUGAAGAAUGUUUCUUUUUAAUUGUGGAUCAUUUACGAAGGCCUUUGCCAUCGUUCAGACUCUAGUUUUGGUUCUGUUUGACAUUUGUUGGGUGCUUGGAAGUAAUGCAUCUUUGACAGCCACUGCAUCUAUGUCACGGUAUCAAAUUCAAUCGGUGUGACCUGUUUGGGUAAGGCAACACCGGACUGGGUGGCAACAGAGACACAUGUCCCUGCAAUAAGAGUAGAUCUUUCUUUACAGAGAAGACAAGUCCACACCACUUUACAGUGGUGCAAGACCAACUUCUACCAUCUGGAUGUAGCCUGUGAUGGUGGUGCCCUUACUGAAGUUCAAUCAAUCCCAUGUGGGUGAGUUGAGACAAGUGCCAGCAGUUCUUUAAUUAUUCAUCACUUCAAAGAAAGACCAGACGAAAGUGAGCACGACUGUCCGAGAAACCAAAAGAUGGACUAGAAUGCGGCUGAACAAAACUUUGUUCCAAGAAAUUUGAAAGACAAAACUGAGAAGUCUGGCAAGGAUCUUUUUAAGGAGGACUGACCAAGACUUUUUGCGGAGGAUUUGCAAAUGUGAUGAGACCAAAAAACGGACUAGCAUGCACCUGAACAAAACUUUGCUUUGAGAAAUUUGAAAAAGACAAAACCGAGAGGUCUGGCAAGGAACUUUCAAAGAAGGACUGACCUAGACUUCUUGCUAAGGAUUGACAAACGUGCCGACCUCUGUAGGCAAGGAGGGCUGAAGCUAUUAUCUAUAGUUGGAGCACCUGCAAGCGGAAAAGUGUCGUCGAGGUUGUGGCCCGAGGAGGCGUGGUACUCAGAGGGUGGCGAGAUGGUGAACACAGGUAUGCAGCUGAUCAGCUUCACCUGUGCUGUGACAGGUUGGGUGAUGGCUAUAGCAGUGACUGCACUGCCCCAGUGGAAGGUCACGGCCUUCAUAGGCAGCAACAUCUUGACCUCCGAAAUUGUUUGGCAGGGCAUCUGGAUGAACUGCAUCUACCAGACCACUGGCCAUAUGCAGUGUAAGACCUACGACUCCAUGCUGGCUCUACCGCCUGAUAUCCAGGCAGCACGGGCACUGAUGUGCAUUGCUAUCUUCUUGGGCUGGUUGUCCUGCACCGUUUCUUGCUGUGGAAUGAAGUGCACCACCUGUGCCGGGGAUGAUCGCCAUGCCAAGGCUGGCAUAGCGCUGUCCGGUGGGGUGCUCUUCAUCCUGACGGGCCUGUGCAUCCUAGUGCCGGUUUCCUGGACAGCGAACACUGUGGUGCAGGACUUCUACAACCCCAAUGUUCCCCUCCAGCACAAGCAGGAGCUGGGUCAGGCCAUUUACCUGGGAUGGGCAGCAGCAGUGAUUCUUAUGAUCAGCGGGGCGGUGCUGAGUAGUACCUGUCCACACAUCGAGAGAGGAGGGUACAGACGUGGGUACAUAGGUCGUAGUUUAGCAAAUUCAAGGCCUUCUGCUCCAGAUCCGCCGAAGUCAAUCACCACCAGUACCCUGCCUCUUAAGGAGUAUGUAUGAUAAAGAUAAAUUAAAGCAAAUGUGGGAAGGUGUGGCUAAACAGGGAUAAUGAUUAAAUGUGCACUCAGUAAUUUUUGUUUCAAUGGACAGAUGCAUUUUGUGUCAUUGUCACUGUGGCAAUCAUGUCCACGUUUGCCAUUUGAAGUCCCAUUUAUCUGCUCCUUUUCUUUCAUUGCUCAUACAUCGGACACAUUGCUGCUGUUGACUACGGCUCCUUCAUUAUGUUGUCUGUAAUAUACAUAAUGUACUUACUGUUAUAUUGUUUGGUUUGCUUUCGUUUGGAUAUAUUUUUA